AUGGAGGAGUCAAUCUAUAACAACUACCCUCCUCAGCUGUCUCAGGAACAGCAGAACCAUCUCGUUACAACUACUAAAGACUGGGCAAUUCAAAAUGGCCUAGCUGUUCGACCCUCGCCGGCAAUCCUUCCCAAAAAUGCAGACCCAAAUGGAGUGCUGGCCACAAAUGCUCCGGUGUCACUGUUCCCCAGUCCAUUCCCAAAGGCCUGUUUUGAGGAAGCACAGGCCUUACAGACAGUCUAUAAUCAGCUCUAUGCGGCAAUUACGUGCAACGAAGACUGGUUAGGGAAGAUCAUCGAAGAUCUAACCGAUGUCGACGAUUUUGUUGCAAAUCUAUGGAAAACCCAUCUCGCUGUAAAGAAGGAGGGCUACGUCCAAAACCUGUCAUUGGGUCUCUACCGAUCUGACUACAUGGCUCACGUCACCGCGAACCAGGCUCCAGCUUUGAAGCAGGUGGAAUUCAACACAAUUUCUUCAUCCUUUGGUGGCCUGUCAGCUCUCGUGAGAGCGUUGCAUACGGAGCUCUUGGCCUCGCCGCUAGUCUAUCCGCCUCAUCCUCUCCUCGAAUCUGGAAUACCACCUGAGAACACUGCUGUGGAGACUCUCUCCGGAGGUCUUGCGGCAGCACAUGAGGCAUAUGGCUCCUCAAAGUCUUCCCCGCAGCUUCCGUUGUGUGUUCUUUUUAUAGUACAAGAUGGAGAGCGGAACGUCUUCGAUCAAUUGGCUCUCUCGAAGCGACUUACAGGCUUUCACAAAGUCCCGACCUUCCGUGUGAAAAGCAAGGAAAUCCUAGACCAAACAUCUAUCGCUGCUGCGAACUCCUCUCGGCCAUUAAUCUACCACCCCCCACACUCUCCAGGAUCUGCCUUUGAAGUAACGACUGUCUAUCUUCGGGCAUACUAUUCUCCCGACGAAUACACCUCUAGCCGCGAUUGGGAGGCCCGGACACACUUGGAACGCUCGGCCGCUAUCAAGUGUCCUACUGUGUUAAACCAAUUGGCCGGCUGCAAGAAGAUUCAACAAGUCUUGGCGGAGCCGACAGGGCCCGAUCACCUAUCCAGCUUUCUUAAGGACGUUGACCCUGCCAUGAUCACAAGAUUACGUGAGACAUUUGCCCCGCAAUACGAUCUUUCUGAAAAGGGCCAAGGGAGGGACUUGGCUCUCAAUCCUGAAACUGCCAUGAAGCAUGUCUUGAAACCACAGCGUGAGGGCGGAGGCAACAACAUCUACAAAGCAGAGAUUCCGGGUUUCCUGCGAUCUCUUCCCGAGUCCGAUUGGAAGGGCUGGGUCUUGAUGGAGUUGAUCAACCCUGCAGCCAAUGCUGAGAAUGUCGCCCUGCGGAACGACGGUGAAGUUCUCCGUGGAAAUGUCAUCUCCGAGCUAGGAGUGUAUGGUACUAUUCUGUGGGAGAACACUGGAAAGAUUAUUCGCAACGAUGAAGGUGGAUGGCUAUUGCGAACCAAGGGCAAGGAGGUUAAUGAAGGUGGAGUAGCCGCUGGUUUCUCUAGCCUGGAUAGUGUCCUUCUUUACUAG